AUGGCUAUAAUUGGUAGUAAUGCAGAAGAUGUAGCUUCCAGUUAUUAUGCUAUUAUUAAAAGGGCACCUGCUCAUAUUAAACACUAUACCUUUUGGUGUGACAACUGCAGUGCUCUGAAUAAAAAUUGGAAACUGUAUGUUGCAUUGUGCACAGCAGCUGUCAAUGCGGAUUGGGGCCCAGAAACUGUGACUGUCAAGUACUUUGAAGCAGGCCAUUCAUUUAUGAAAGCAGAUGUUGUGCAUGGUCAAAUUGGGAAAGCAAUGAAAAAAAAAUCUAAUGUUUAUGACAUUCAUGACCUAAAUGAUAUUAUCCCUAAAACAUCAAGACAUAAUAAGACCCUUUUGCUGAACUUUGAAGACUUUUACGAAUUUAAAGAAGGUAAUAGACAAAGACGAUCAAAAAAUAGCUCGGAAAAUUUACCUAUGUUAAACAACGUUAAAGUUUAG